UUUAAAACUCAUAAAAAAGUUAAAGAUUUUUAACAUGUUUUUGGAAAAGGUAAAAGUUUUUUAACCCAUUUUUCUCUAGUUAGUUAGUGUUUAAUCAUUAAAACUCGGUCACUGUAGCUUUAAUUAAAUUUGUAAUAAUUUAGAUUAAUAAAAAGGGCAAUCGUAAAUUUAAAGAGUUCGUGAAAACGUGUAAGAGCCCUCUCUCCCACUCUUCUUCUCGUCACAUUGUAUUAUCCCAAAAACUCACUCAAAAUCUUUUUAACUUCACACACAAAACUAAAACACUUCUAUAAUUUAAUUCUUUCAAUGGAACCAAUUCUUGAAAAAAUCUCAACUCCUUGGCAAGUUCUUGUUCAAACAGCAACAUGGACAAUACUCCUAAUGAUCACAGUGUCUUUGGCUUCAUUUGCUCCAGAAAUGGCGUUUGUGUCGAAAAUAAAAUCAUCUUCCGAUGGGUUCGUUAGGAUUCCGAUGGAUUUAUCGGGAGAAAUGUUGAUCUUACCGUCGGAGAUGGUGAAGAACUCAUCUUUAGACGUUUUUAUACCGACGAUAUUCGCAGGUGUUAUGGUCAUUGCUUCUGUUUCUUUAUUACGAUCAUGUCUUGGUAUUGAAGGUGUUGUAGUAGAAGAAAUCGAAGAACAACAAUGUUGAUAACAUUUGCAUAAUAACAAUUUAAUUGUAAUGGAUUUAUCAAUAAGGGUCCUUAGCUCAGUGGUAGAGCAAUUGACUGCAGAUCAAUAGGUCACCGGUUCGAAUCCGGUAGGGCCCUUUCUUUUUUUCUUUUACAAACCAUUUUGUUAUUUAUACUAACCGUUGAUAUUAUUUGAUCUGACGGUGCUAAAUGUAUCGCUACAA